AUGGGCCGCUACUCGGGCAAGACGUGCCGCUUAAUCUUCAUGCUCGUGCUCACGGUCGUCUUCUUCGUGGCCGAGCUGGUGUCGGGCUACCUGGGCAACUCGAUCGCUCUGCUCUCGGACUCGUUCAAUAUGCUGUCGGACCUGAUCUCGCUGUGCGUGGGGCUGAGCACCGGCUACAUCGCGCGCCGCGCCCCCGGGGGCUUCCGGGCCACCUACGGCUACGGGCGAGCCGAGGUGGUGGGCGCGCUCUGCAACGCGGUCUUCCUCACCGCGCUCUGCUUCACCAUCUUCGUGGAGGCCGUGCUGCGCCUGGUGGAGCCCGAGCGCAUCGACGACCCUGAGCUGGUGCUCAUCGUCGGCACCCUGGGGCUGGCGGUCAAUGUGGUGGGGCUGCUCGUCUUCCAGGACUGCGCCACCUGCCUCUCCUGCCUUCGCCGCUGCCGCCGCCGCCCGCAGCAGGUGGCCAAGGGCGGCGCUGACGGCGCUUUCGAGGGACCGCAGGGCGCCGCCUGCACAGCCCCCGGCCCGGACGCGGCCGUGACCCUUCGCGUGGCCUCUCAGGGGAAGACCGCGGGGAAGGGGGCGAUCGUGUUCGCCAACAUAGCAGGUGAUCCCCUGAACAUCCAGAAUGAACCGGAAGAGACGAUGAAAAAGGAGAAGAAGUCGGAAGCCCUGAACAUCCGAGGUGUGCUCCUGCACGUGAUGGGCGAUGCCCUGGGCUCGGUGGUGGUGGUCAUCACGGCCAUCAUAUUCUACGUGCUGCCCCUGAAUGAGGACGAACACUGUAACUGGCAGUGCUACAUCGACCCCAGCCUGACGGUCGCCAUGGUCGCCAUCAUCCUGUCAUCUGCCUUCCCGCUCAUCAAGGAGACCGCCGCCAUUCUGCUGCAGAUGGUCCCCAAAGGAGUCAACGUGGAAGAGCUGCUGAGCAAGCUCUCCGCCGUGCCAGGCGUCAGCAGCGUUCAUGAAGUGCACGUCUGGGAGCUGGUGAGCGGGAAGAUCAUCGCCACGCUGCACAUCAAGUGUCAGAAGGACAGGGGAUACGCAGACACCAGCGCGAAAAUUCGAGAAAUCUUCCACCACGCAGGAGUCCACAAUGUGACCAUCCAGUUUGAGAGCGUGGACGUGCAGGAACCCCCGGAGCAGAAGGACAUGCUGUCACUCUGCAGCUCCCCUUGCAUCUCCGAGGCCUGUGCCAAGCACCUGUGCUGUCCGCCCCGUGCGCUGCCCCUGGCCCACGUCAACGGCUUUGCCGAGCACAAUGGCUGUCCUCCGCGAGACCUGUACCGGAGUGAAGGCCUCGGCGGCGGCGAAGUUAGAGAAGCAGCUAUUGAAGUGCCUUUGGACAGCUGCGUGAGCGCUCAUGGACGACAAGAUUUCACCAAAACUCAGGAGGACCUGUGUUAUAGCAACAGCACAUAUUUUUAACCUGGGACCCACGGACACACACUGGACAGAUGAGGCACUUUAAACCUGCCGGCGAGGCUUGUGGAGAGAGCUGGCUGGGCCGCAGGCGCUGACCACACCCACAGCGUGCACUCUCUGUGGUCAGCGAGGGGCUGGCUCUUUGGGGUGUUCACUGACUGUGUCUGUUCAUUCUUAUGUGACUGGUAAGGUGACCCUUUGCAGGAUCCUGGUGUCUCAGGCUGCUCGUCAACGGUUCGAGUUUGCUCUUUUAUUGUCUGAAGCAAACUGCGCUCGUGUAUCUACCGGGGACGUUGGAGGCUGGGACUCAGUGGCUGAGGACACGGGACUCGAAGAAGUGUUUGUUUUACACUGAUUGGAACUUCCAGCCGACGCUCAGGUGAGCUCAUUGCCAAGGACUCCGCAGAAACUUCGGGACUGUGAUGGCUGUUUUUUCUCCAUUCCACUGGAAGAUUUUAAAAGGGGAAAAAGAGUCUCGUCACUGCAACCAUUUUUUCUUUAACUCGUUUUUAAAUAAAUAUAAAAUGGAUACCCAGUAAGACAGAAAAUGCUCUCAGAACAGCAGAGGAAGUAGAGUUUCUUGGGGGUCAAAAUGCUUUUUGACCAUUUUGUUUUGUGAAGUGGAAAGAAAAUGAAUGUUUACUUUCUGCUGUG